CGUCCAAGCCAUAGAGUCCCCUGGAUUUCAGCUGCUAUAGAACGGCCGACUCUGAUACUUUACAUUGGUCACGAUCGAAGCGCUCCCGAACGUCUUUCGCUUGUGUUCGACUUCCAUCGUCGCUAGUCCCUGUUCGCGCACCGCUGUAACCACCUCGCCUCCUUCUCUAUACUAUGGCACCCACUCUCACUCAUCCAACGGGCGUGAACUUCAUUGACGAGCAGCGCGCUGUCAACACCGACGCCACCACCUACUACGGCGGCGAAGAGCAGUUUAGUCGCUCCCGAACGUACAGCGCCUCCUUCGCUCACGGCUACAACCCCAAGCGUGCCCCUGCCUUCAACGAUGACUUGGUUCGCAGAUCGCGACGCAUGUCGCAUGACGAGAAGGGCACAGGCCCUAGGCGGUUCUUGAUUGAUGUAGAGGAGACUAUCCGUGUAGUCCUUGAGCAGGAGGACACAGACGGCGACUUCCAGAUCAGUGUGACGGAUGCUGGUCCGAAGCUCAUGUCCCUUGGCACUGCGACGAGCAACGGUUUCAAGACGUUCGACGUCCGAGGGACAUACAUGCUCUCGAACCUGCUCCAGGAGCUUGCCCUUGCGCGCGACCAUGGCCGCAAGCGUAUUGUACUAGACGAGGCUCGUCUAACAGAGAAUCCCGUCGACCGCCUGUCACGCAUGAUCAAGAACUCAUUUUGGCAUGCAUUGACUCGUCGCAUUGAUGGAGAUGGUCUUGAGAUCAUUUGUGCCGACCCAAAGAACCGUACCGGUCGCGUCAACCCCCGUAUCUAUGUGCCGCAUGGCGAGCCUGCGAUGGCUGAGUACUACCGGAAGGUCGCGGCAGACAAGUCGCAUUUGAACCUCGACGUCCAGGUCCUUCCACCAGUACCGGAUGACCCGCAUUUCGUAAAGAGCCUGAACAGCAAGCCUGGUAUCCUGGCUCUUGCCAUGAACGAGGUGAAUGAUGGCAAGGGUGGCAAGACGUUGAAGGGCAUCCCGUUCGUUGUGCCCGGUGCUCGUUUCAACGAGCUGUACAACUGGGACUCUUACUUCAUCUCCCUCGGCCUGCUCGUGGAUGGCUACGUCAACCUCGCCAAGGGCAUGGUGGACCACUUCGUGUUCGAGAUCAGGCACUACGGCAAGAUCCUCAACGGCAGCCGGAGCUACUACCUCUGUCGGACGCAGCCGCCCUUUCUGACGGACAUGGCACUCCAGAUCUACAACCAACUCGACCGCUCCGACAUGGAGGCCAACCGGGCAUGGCUCAAGCGUGCCAUCCAGGCCGCCAUCAAGGAGUACCACACCAUCUGGGUGGCGGAGCCGCGUAUGGACCCGAAGACGGGCCUGUCUCGCUAUCGCCCCGACGGGCUCGGCAUCCCGCCCGAGACGGAGGCGACCCACUUUACGCACAUCCUCGAGCCGUACGCGGCGAAGCACGGGCUGUCGGUGCUCGAGUUCAGCGAGCGCUACACUGAUGGGAUCAUCAAGGAGCCGGAGCUGGACGAGUACUUCCUGCACGACCGCGCCGUACGCGAGUCCGGGCACGACACGACGUAUCGUUUCGAGAAGCGCUGCGCGAACCUCGGCACGAUCGACCUCCAGGCGCUGCUGUACAAGUAUGAGGUCGACAUCGGGACGGCGAUCAGGGAGGUGUUUGACGACGAGCUUGAGUUGGAAGAAGACUUCCCUUUGGCACCGUUCCCGCCGUCGCCCCAGACGUACGCGAACCCGCACCGGGAGAGCUCCAAGGCGAAGCCGCAGAGCAGCGCGAUCUGGUUCGAGCGGGCGGAGUUCAGGAAGAAGGCCAUCGACAAGUACUGCUGGAACGAGAGCAAGAGCCUGUACUUCGACUACGAUACCGUCCAGGAGAAGCAGAUCCUAUAUGAGAGUGUCACAGCGUUCUGGACCCUGUGGGCUGGCUGCGCGAGCGAGGAGCAAUGCUGGAAACUGAUCUCGAACUCGCUCAAGAAGUUCGAAGUCCUGGGCGGGCUUGUGUCAGGGACAGAGGAGUCCCGGGGAAAGAUUUCGCUCGACCGGCCUAAUCGUCAGUGGGACUAUCCCUAUGCUUGGCCCCCGCAUCAGAUCAUGACCUGGGUCGGUCUUGAAAGGUAUGGCUACCUUGAGGACGCCCAGAGACUGGCGUACAGGUGGCUCUACAUGAUGACGACAGCGUUCGUCGACUUCAACGGUGUGGUUCCGGAGAAGUUCGACGCAGUCCGGUUGUCCCAUUUGGUAGAUGCCGAGUAUGGCAACCAGGGAGUUGACUUCAAGAUGGUCCCAAGAGAGGGCUUCGGGUGGAUGAAUGCCGCCUAUCAAGUCGGUCUGUCGUUCCUCUCAACAGGAAUGCGUCGUGCUGUUUCCGCAUGCACCAGCCCAGAGGUUGUCUUUGGUGCAGUUGCGAAUCAGCAGGCCGUCAACGCCCCGGUGUACUCGUCUGCAAACACGGAUCCACUCGACCUGGCCAUGGAGAACUUACAGCUCUCCGCACCUCGGGAUGUCACUGCCAGUCCAACGUCAACGUCAGCCUUAUCAUCAUGAAUUAUGGCUGACAGAUGUGUUACCGUAAUUCAGCGCCCGUUCUCUGGACGUAAUCUUGUUUAUGCGUCGACGUUCGUUCUGAUCGCUAUGCCAGCAGUUCCUACUUUCUUGACUGCACGUCCCCACCAUGUCGUAUUAUAGAUGUAUAGAACUCACUCCAUGUACAGUACACCAAAAGCAAAUCUUUCUACCA